UUGACAGUUCGAUCGAUCCUCGAAAAUUCCGUGCGUGAUUUUCAAAAUCACGAUUUAGUUUAGAAAUAAUUUUAAUGUAAAAAAAAUCGAAAAUGUCUCUGUUCGGUGAUAUACUCCCAAUCAAUAAAAAUGAAGAAAAGAACAACCAGGCGAGCGCGAGCCUGUCGCCGUACCUCAACUUCGACCCUCACAUUAUACCGAAAAUGCAACCAGAAUUCUUGUACCCUGAUGAUAGACACAUGGCUUCCACUGCUAGAAGAUCUAACGUAGCUCUGCCCAUAAUCGGAAUGUCCUUUAUGACUGGUUCAGGUCUUGGAGGUAUGACAGGACUCUACAAGGGUUUGAGGGCUACCACACUGGCUGGCCAAGUUGGAAAAGUAAGGCGUACCCAGAUAGUCAACUAUAUUAUGAAACAAGGCACAACCACCGGAUGCACUCUUGGUAUCAUCGCUUCAUUCUACUCGUGCAUUGCACUGGGUGUGACUUGGGUCCGUGACAAGGAAGACACAGCCAACACUUUCAUAGCAGCCGCCACUACAGGAGUCAUCUACAAGAGCACUGCUGGCCUCCGCUCGAUGGGCUUAGGAGCAGCGGUUGGCCUCACACUAGCUGGAGUCUACACCUUAGUCACUGAUAACGAUAACAUAUGGAGCAAAGCCAGAUACAACCGAUUGUGAUUUUAUUACCGCCUACUUUAGGAUUAUGUACAUAAUAGACUGUUAUAUUAGUUGUUUUUAAUAUUGAAUUUCUUUUAUAUUAUAGAUUUGUCUUCAUCCAAUAUACUUCAUCCUGAGAAUUUCAUGAAAUAAGUUGGGGAAGCUUAUUUCGUAAAGCUUAUCUCAAUCAAGAAUUCUAAAAAUCUCGAAAUAUGGAGCUCAUCUAUUUAUUUUGCUAAAGACAUAUCUAUGAUAUAAAUAAACCAUUGAUCUGCAGCAAAUGAACCUAUUCGGGUCAUGUUCUUUUGCUCAGUUCAGAUUUUUAUGCAAGGCUGUCCUGCCUAACGAUCAUUGUCCCAGUAUCGGAGCAGCACAAAAUACGCAUAAGCCCUAAAAUAAAACGAUUGUUUGAAAAAUUA